AGAGAGCAGACACGGUUUGUUCGAGGUGCCGCUCAGCGCUCGGUCCGGCGAUGAGCUAUAAGCCUGCGAAUGCCGGCGCGAGCGGUGACUAUCUGGAGCAGCAGAACGAUGAACGGCUAGACGAACUACACAACAAGAUCAGAGGGAUUCAUGCUAUUACGAUCGACAUUCACAAUGACUCUCGGCAGCAAAACACGCUGCUGGACAACACUAGCAAUACCUUCGACUCGUUCAAGGCGUCCCUCGGGCAAAGCGUCAACAAGCUGAGUAGAACGAUAGGAGCGACGCAAUCACAGACAAAGACACUACUCUACGUCGUCAUCGCCAUCGUCGCGUUGUUCUUCGUUUGGAGAGUCAUUUUGUGAGUGGUAGGUGCGCCCCGUUGUUGUAUGAUAGUCUUGCAUAAGUCAACAUCAACAUGCUACAAAUGAGUC